CCUCCCCCCCCCACCUCACGAGGUGUUGGCCAAUCGCCCCAGCGGGCAUAAAGUGGCUGCCAGCCCGCAGGGCUCCCAGCCGGGAGGUGUCACCCCCAGGAGGCGCGGGCCGAAGCGCGGGCACCCAGCAUGCGGACACAUUGCAUUUGGAGGACGCUCCUCAGCCUGGUCCUCGGACUGCUGUUCCUGAGUGUGGCGGCCAUGGGUGGCUGCUCGGGCGACUACCAGGCACUCCUUGGCCAGCUUCAGCAGCAGAUGGCCCUCAUGCAGGACACCAGCACGCUCCUGGACCCCUUUAUGCGCUUGGAAGGUCUGGACAAACUCAGAUUCAGUGAGCACUGCACGGAGCGCCCAGGGGCCUUCCCCAGCGACAACGCCCUGAGGACGCUGGGCCGGCGGGACUUCCUGCGCAUGCUCAGCUCCACGCUCCAGCGCGUCCUGCACAGACUAGCCGUCUUACAGCAGCACCUCCCGGAGACGCAGGACUUGGAGGAGCUGGGGGUGGCGAGGUGGAACAUCCUCGGGCUCAAGAACAACAUCUACUGCAUGUCCCAGCUGCUCGGCGGCGCUUCGGAGCUGGCCCCCACCACGGCUGCCCCAGGGACCUCACCGCCACCCACCCCAGCCCCGGACGCCUUUCAGAGCAAGCUCCAGGGCUGCAGGUUUCUGCACGGCUACCAUCGCUUCUUGCACUCGGCCAGGCGAGUCUUCAGUCAGUGGGGCAGCAGCCCCAGCCGGAGGCGGAGGCAGAGCCCCGUCUGGCCGCAGCUCGACUUGGAACGCAAGCACCGACCCUCCAGGAGGGGCAAGAGACUUGUGUUCAGGGUGCGACUGACCCGGUAGCUUUAGGGGCACCCUUGACAGGGGGAGGAUGCAGCGGGUGCUCUGUGGAUCGUUUGCUUCCCGGGGCUCCAAAGCUGCCCCCUCCUUCCUCCCACUCAGAAGUGCACUUUAAGGCGUAGGAGGAGGGCCGGGCUGGGGGGCAGAGUCAGCUGUCCGGCCCCCCGGCUGAGUUCCCCAGUCCUGGGGUGGCUGGGUCAGGCCACGCGGGGCCCACUUUCCAUUGAUUCAGGGGUCUGAUGACACAGGCUGACUCAUGGCUGGGCUGACUGUCCCCCUGCUUUACUCCCCGAGGCCUGUGGCCCUUCUCCUGGCAGGGCUGCUGUCCCCAGACUUCCUCCUUUCAGCCGCAGCAUGGCUCCCAGGGGGAGGUCAGUGCCUGAGCUGGCCUGCCAUGCCUCCUCACACUUCAGCCAGACACCUGGACGUCUGGGAGACCUCACUUUCGGCAGCUGUAACGAGGCAGGGUGUCCUAGGAGCACCGCUCCGGGCUCCAGAAAACAGUACUCAGGUUCCAGCCUCGCCCUCUCUUGCUGUGUGACCUAAGUCGCUUUACCUCUCUGGACCUCAGUUUUCUCCGUGACUCAGGGUGGACAUCACAUGCUAAGUCAGGAAUUGCGGUGUGGAUGGCCACAGGGUGGGUGCAGGCAGUUCUAGUAGACCCAGCACCUGGAAGGGCCCAGUCUUGGGUGCUCGGGGCUAGCUGCUCCCCCUGGUGGUGAUUCUUGGAAUUGUCUCAUGUUGAAACCCUUGCCUUCCUGGAGGGGAGUCUCAGAAGCUGCUGGGCCACUUCCUUGAAGCCGUGUGACUAAUUUAUCUAUUUUUAUCAGUUUUAUAUUUAUAAGGCUUAUUUAUGAUGUGUAUUUAAUGUUAAUAUUGUGCUAACAUAUAUUUAAAAUUUGCCUGGUUUCUAAAA